CUAUAACAAGCCGGCCUCCGCCUUCUCCUUCUUCCCCAUCCCUUCUACGGAGCCGACUCUACUCUACUCCAAGCAGCAGCAGCGGCCUCCCUCCGGUCCCAGCCCGGAAGCGCCGCCUUCCUCUCCUCCUCCUCCGUCGGCCGCAUUGCGUCGCGCAGUAAUCAUUGUCCGAGAAAAUGGUUGCCCAAGCCUUUACAGUCGAUUUGGACAAGCCUCUUGUAUUUCAGGUUGGCCAUCUAGAGGAACAGUAUCAGGACUGGGUUCACCAGCCAAUUGUUAGCAAAGAGGGGCCAAGAUUUUUUGCAAACGAUGUAUUGGAGUUCUUAACACGAACGAAAUGGUGGGCAGUUCCUCUUAUUUGGUUGCCUGUUGUCUGUUGGUGCCUGAAUACAUCGAUUCAAAUGGGUCACACUUAUCCAGAAGUUGCUCUGAUGGUUGUGGUUGGAAUGUUUAUCUGGACACUGAUCGAAUACACUCUGCAUCGUUACCUGUUCCACAUAGAUACUAAAAGUUACUGGACAAACACAGCUCAUUAUCUUCUUCAUGGAUGCCAUCACAAGCAUCCCAUGGACGGACUUCGACUUGUCUUUCCACCAACUGCCGCAGCUAUCUUGUGCUAUCCGUUCUGGAAUCUAGUCAAGCUCUUCACUACUACGUCUACCACUCCUGGCGUGUUUGGAGGUGGCCUGUUGGGUUAUGUGAUCUAUGACUGCACACAUUACUACCUGCAUCAUGGGCAGCCAUCAAGUGAUCCAGCAAAACAUCUCAAGAAAUAUCAUCUGAACCACCACUUCAGAAUUCAGAACAAGGGCUUUGGAAUAACAUCAACCCUAUGGGACCAUGUAUUCGGUACAUUGCCUUCAACAAAAACCGUUGACAAGAGCUCGUGAGCUCUACUGUGUCUACCGCCUUGUGAAGCCACAUAUCGAGAUUCUCCAUGACUGAUGGCGUAUUGGACGGAUGAAAUGCUGUUCAAUUUCUGAUUCUUCACUGCAAACCAAUUGAAUGCCGAUCUACAUCAGUUGCAAACUGUCACUGAAAUUCUCCUCAGCGAAGAGUGGCUCCACUCCAGUCCUACUAGUAUUCAUCCAGAUUAUGUCUCAUGUGAUUCUUGUUAGAGCACCAUGCAUGCAUGUGUACAGAGUUCUUUUCUAGUAUAGCAUCUGCAUUAUUUUGUGGCUGUUGGUAGCCAGUAUAAUUUUGAGACAAAAGUAACCACCUUGCUUGAUAUGUUUGUAAUGUUUCCAGCUUUUCUGCUGAGUUGACCAUUUAGUUUUUCCAUUGCUGGCCGUUCCUGCUAUUGAUAAACAAGAUUAUUCAACUGCAACGGUAUCUGAAACUGUAAAGCCAA